AUGUUUUUCCAUUGUGCUAAAUGGCCUGCUUUCUUAGAGUACAUCGGUGCUGGGUUAAAACCUGGUUGGAAAAAGAUCUCAUUGAUAUCAGGGGUCUUCGCCCUCCGAGAAUUGCGGAAAGCUCCAUUGACCAAUAGCAAGAGUGAAGCCGAGUUGUUUAGCGCAGAUUUCAUCCGCGGAAAGGGUGAAGAACAAAUAUUCCUUCUACACGGACAUCCAGGUACAAGGAAGACGCUCACAGCCGAGUCUGUCGCUGAAUACACAAAGAGGCCACUGCUCAGCAUCACCGCAGCUGAUCUGGGCCAUGAACCAGUAGAACUGGAGAGGAAUCUCCUCAAAUUUUUCAGAGAUGCUACCAGCUGGGACGCAAUUGUAUUGUUAGACGAGGCCGACGUGUACCUAGAACGGCGUUCGAGCAACGAGCUCAAGAGAAGCAGUAUCAAUUUUCCUACGCGUGCUGGAAUACUUCCAAGGCAUUCUCGAUCGGAUAUAAGCCUCUUUGUCGUGAUCCUCUUUGAGCUUGCGAAAGAGGAUCACGAGCAGGGCAGACCAGAAAUCCGCUACGAAUACGAUGCUAAAGAAUAUGUCCGAAAGAGCGAGGAAACUAAGGAAUUAGAAUGGAACGGUCGCGAAAUUCGCAACACUUUCCAAUCUGCUGUUGCGCUUGCGCUUUACGACUCGAAGACAGCUAGGGGAAAAGUUGUCCCGGUUGAGGAAUCUAUCCCGGAAGUCAAGGAGGCGCACCUGAAAGAAAUUGCCCACAUGUCUACUGCAUUAAAGAAUUAUAUUACUUCUACUUAUCAAGGCAUCAAGAAUUCAGACAUGGCGUAUAAUGUAGGGAUCCGAGACGAUAACCUUGGUAGACCUCAGAAGGGAGCAUGA